GCAGUGGCCGGGGGCGAGGACUGCCUGUGGUACGUGGACAGGAACGGCUCGUGGCACCCGGGCUUCGACUGCGAGUUCUUCACCUUCUGCUGCGGGACCUGCCACCAGCGCUACUGCUGCAGGGACCCCCUGCGCCUGCUCACCGAGCGCCAGCAGCGCCACUGCCUCGCCUUCAGCCCCAAGACCAUCGCGGGCAUCGCCUCGGCCGUGGUGCUUUUCAUCGCCAUCGUCACCACCAUCGUGUGCUGCUUCAUGUGCUCCUGCUGUUACCUGUACCAGCGGCGCAGGGCCCCGCCCACCCCCCUGGCAG